UCUGAUCUGCGGAUCAGCUGGAGGCAGCAGUAAACAGGAAUUUCUGCAGCGGAGAGAAGAAUUAUAUAGAGGGCAGGGAGAGGAUGCUGCAGAUGUUGUGAUCUGAAAAUAUACAUAUAUAUAUAGGAACAGUGUAAUUUUUUUUUACACGAAGCCCUUCUUCUAAGAAGAAAGCCUUAUUUUUGUACAAUAGUGUUUUAGCUACCUCACAUAAAGGCUACCUAAAGCUGUGCUUUAAGAGUUUCUACAGUGAGAUCUCGUUUACAACUUGAAUAAUCCUUCAAAGGCAGGCCUUUGUUCCAAACCAAGUGAAACCUUACAUUUGCACUACAGAAGCCUGUUUAGUCCUGUUUUUUUUUUUCAACAUCAAACACAGGGCUUUAAGUGGAAACAAUAAAAUCAGGCAAAGAGCAGCAGCAUUAAACUAACACAAAAAAGGCAGCUAUAGUUCUUUUUCUUUGUCGUCAGUUAAACACAAUACACUCAUCAACGAAAAACACGAGCAGCAAUGUUUCAGCGUCUUAGCAACUUGUUGUUUGGGGAGGUGGAAGAGGUGACGGCUGAGCUGAAAGGACCCGGUCCGUGUGUGACRGAGGCCGACGAGGAAGGAUGGAUGCUCGUCAACCUGACUGGAUCUGACUGCAUGAUGCAGGUGGAGGGGGAAACAGGAACUCUACUGGUUGCACAAUCAUUCCCCGACCCAUCAGGUCACAGAAACUCCCAAACAAGAACUGACGGCCUGGCCCCCGUUCCCCGCCCACCCCACAAGCGUCAGAGGAUACAUAAAGGUCGAAGACGGGGUACAGUAGCAUCUUCAGACCCCCUGUCUUGUCCCGGCUUUAGCCCAUCACACUUAGGUGCUACACCCGUGAGCCUACCAAGAAGGGCCAGACUGUCCGUGCCCUCGUCUACCCCGUCGAUGUCCCCAGGGUCUGGGAGUGAGUGCGGGGGCAGUGGGGGCACCAGUAGUGCAGGCUCAGAGAGAGGCUGCAUGGAUGAGAGUUGGUUUGUCACCCCUCCCCCCUGUUUCACUGCAGAGGGAGCCACAGCAGAGGCCAGUCCAAUGGAGGACCUCCUCAUAGAGCACCCCAGCAUGUCUGUGUACGUCUCCCCGAACAUUCUGUCCAUGGUCUCCAACAGCAGCCUGUCUGUGGUGGGGGAGGAGAGCCUCGUCAGCCUGGCCAGCAGCAUGAGCAGGGGGUCUGAACCAGUCGCGCCCUUGGCCAUGCCCACCAGGGUGAGCCGUGGAGCAGCCACGCAGGCUGGUGCUCUGGCCAAGGUCACCCAGGUGGCCCGGGUCCAGCGUUACAAAGCUCGCAUGGAGCGGCGCCAUCUGAGCCGCAACCACAUCCAGCGCCAAAACCGUACGAGGGAGCAGGCCCCUCGCCAUGCAGCCCACGCUAGAAACACCUUCCUUCACCAGCCCAGCAAGCGUAACAUCUGUCACUAAACUCCCCAUCAGUCUGGGGGAGGCUUUGUUUACUCUGGGGGCAUUAGUACUGCAGCUUAAGUCAAACACCAUUACAUUUGUCAACCCGAAGCAGACCUGCAGGUUUAUUUUGUUUGAACCUGUAAGUUUUCAACCCAAUCCRCUAUUAGGAACCAGCCGCUCCUAGAUUAGUAUAAACCUUAACCGUUGCCUCUUUAUUGUUCAUUGCAGUAAACAAACAAACUAAAAAAAAAACUAAAAAAAAUUAAAUAAAAAGCAACUUAAUAUAUUAUACGUAUGUAGUAGUAAUAAUGCAUGAAAAACAGGAUUUGAUUUCUAUUAAUUUUUAUUCCUCAAGAUAUGCGCUUUUAAAAUUUAUUCGAUUGCACAACAACACUGAAAUAAUCCAACGUAAUCAACUCCAAGUGAAAUAGCCAGAUGUGUUUUUACUCUGACUGAAGGAACAGAAGGCAGAGAGAAGGGAAGGCUCCAUAAUUUACAGCAGAGAGAGAGAAAAAAAAACUUCUCGUAUUACCUGCGAUGCUUUAUAUUCACAUUGAUUUUCGUUGUUUUGUUGAGAAAAAUGUAAAAUGUUAAACCGUGUGUGGAAAGAGGAAGAAAAAAAACCAUGGGACGCUGUUUUCUCUUGAAGUUGGUUUACUCGUUUUUAAAAAGUGAAAGAACACAUGAAGCGAUCUGUUUUGAAAAGAGGAAGCUGUUUCUCGUGAGGUUUCUUUACUCCAUCUUUGUGAAGGGCAAAAGCAUGUAGAGGAGGGUGAGAGGAUGUGCAAAAGAGACUAAAGAGUAAAACAAACUGAGAUUAAGCCGAACAACGUAAUGUUAAAAAGGAAGUUGAGGAGUUAGAAAAGAUUUUGUGAAAGUGUAAUGUAAUCUCAGCACCAGCUCGUGACUGAUUGGGUGACAAAAUCAACAAUGGGUUAUGGAGUGGUUAUGGGGAGCUUGCCUUUUGAUUACAAGGUGUGGAGGGUUAAUGGAGGGCGUAAAACGGUAUUGGUGGCRUCUCUUUAUUUUGUUUUAGCAUUUAGUUAUAUCAUCUUACGUUGUCUUGUAAAUUGUUUUGCAGCCUGGUAAUUUCACAAAAAGGACAAAAAUACAAAUAAAAUCAAACUGUUCCUGGUCAGAUGAACACAUCUGGCUUUUAAAGUCAAUGUUAACAAACAGUAAUCAUUCCUUUUUACAUCUGUUAUCUGUCCAACAGGUUUUAUUCUCGUUUCACUAUAAAGUGUGCCGUGCUCAUCCUAUCCAUGUGAACACCAAAAACAUCUGUUUAUACAAGUAGACAUAAUCAAGAGGUUAUUUGCUAGAAAAAAGGGAAGUGAUUAAAUUCCUAAUGCCUCAGAGCAAACAUCUCAUCCCCGAUUCAUUACCUUCAGUAACUGUCAUCAUGGACAUUUUCCUCACAUUCACCCCAUAAAUGUCCUGCCCUUUUUAUUAUUAAAACAUCUAGCUCUAGCCACCACGUCCACUUUAAAAGAUCUAGCUUACUGAUAUGUAUUCAGCAACAAUAGUAAACUAUGGUGCUCAAGUGUAUACAAAUGUUUGUAAAUGAUUCGAGAACAUGGAUGUAAGUUUGCACUGUUGGAUAUUUUGAGUCAAAGUUUUAGCAGCGUGCCGUGUGCUUGUUGGUUUUUUUUUCUUCUUUUGUGAUUUUUGUUUUGAUCCUGUGUGUGAGAAGGUGUACUGAUGAGCUAAAUGUGGUGAGAAAAAAAAACUUAAACAAUGUUGAUCAUUCAUUUUUCUUGUAAAUAUAUAUAAAAAAAACAGUUUGUAAUGCUCCGUUAGAUGUCAAAGUCUCUCAGGACUCCAGUCCACAACAUUGUGUGAGAAUCUGCUCUGAACGUCUCACCUCUGUGCUCAUUUUCAAACUGCGAGGGCCGGGAGGUCAAAAGUGGUGUCUUUUCCGCAGUGUGUAUGGCAAGCCAUGUGUGUAUUUAUUUGAUAUAUUUGACAUCAACUGUCACUUUUUCCCACCGGUUUGCACUGCACUAAUUUGGUUACCAACACUUUUACUGGUAACACAUUUUUUGCCAAGUAGUGGCAACGCUGCCCAACUAGUAGGAGCAGAAGUCAUGCUAGUGAAGCAUUUUGUCACACUAGUAGCCAAAAAGUACCAACUAGUUGGGUUUUUAACACAAUAUUGGACCACAAGUUAUACAAGUUGGCUAAUAAGCAUCAAAAACAUUGGCAUGGUAACUUAACACUAUUUUGCCUACUACUAAUACUAUUCAACAAGUAUAACUAGUCGAGAACUAAAUGUUAAAAUGCUCACUAGUUGACAUUUAUAACUAGUUCACAAGUAAGGCCAAUAGUGUAGUGAGCAUUUUGGGUGUUACUAGUUAACUAGGAAGGCCAAAUUUAGUCCCACCUGUUGACUGGUGAAUAUUUUAAGCCUGACUGGUCAACAUUUCAGGCACAGUCGUUCACUAGUAAGGCCAAACAAGCUUUAACUAGUACUGAACAUUUUGGGUUUUAGUAGUUAACAAGUAAGGCCAAAUUUAGAUCUUGUCAAAAAGUGGUUGUUUGGAGACUUAUGAAUUAAUUACAAGGCGUUAGGUGAACUAGUUAACUAUAACUUCCUUAAUUAACCAAUAAAGACAAGAAUGUAUCAGUUGGUACAGUAACAAUUUUAGUGUUUAUUAGUUGACUAGUUCACAUUUUAGGUUGCACUGGUCAACUAUUCUGCAUCAUUUGUGUUGAAAAUGAAAAGGUUUUUAAUAACUUGUUUGACACAGUUGUCAAUUUGUUUGGUCCAGUGGUCCCCUAKUGGGUCUUGAAACCAAUUAGUUGGGAGUUUUGAGGUACUAGUGCCACAAAAUGGUGGACUAGUAUGACUUCUAUUCCAGCUAGUAGGACAAAAGUAGAAUUCUAAGUGCAAAAAUACAGUAUGUUGUUAGUAAGAGAGUUUGUUGAACCAGUUCUGUGUUGUCGUGAACUAGCAGGCAAAAAAAGACUUGAUAUCAAGGAUAUUAAAUAAAUACACAAAGGGCUUGCUCUAAAUGUCAAUUUCAUGGUCACCAUAUACUCCGAGAUUAUGUAUGUGCCAUAGCCAAACACUGCCCUCUUGAGGGUCCAUUUAGCACAGCACCGGCUGCAUGGAUGCCAGUGUGAUAUUGCAGUAAAACAACAUGGUCUAAAUACAUCACUGUUGGUGAGUUUGACUGUCUCUGGAUUUAUUUCUGAUUGUGUGUUGUGUGGGUGUUUCAAUCACAGAAUGCAUGAUAUUAAAUUUUCCUAUAUUCCUGUUUUUUUUUCUUUAUGGCAGUAAUCCUUUGAAUGAAAAAAGUAUGUGCACUUGAAGUGUGCUAAUUUAUUAUAAAAUGACUCAUAUUA